AUGAUUUACUUGAAAUCUAUGCUUAAUGUCAUCGACAACAGUGGGGCACAACUUGCAGAAUGUAUCAAGGUACUCAGGAAGUCGCCUAAGAACCACGCGCAGUUAGGCGAUAAGAUUGUCGUUGUUGUUCAGAAGGCUAGACCUUUAACUUCCGUCAUCACUGGGGCCACAAACGCUAAUCGGGUUAAGAAAGGGGAUAUUGUUCAUGCUGUGGUUGUCAGACAGAAGCAAAACUUUAGAAGACCAGAUGGAUCAUGGAUCAAGUUCGAUGACAAUGCAUGUGUUUUGAUUAACAAGAACAACCAGGAUGUGAUUGGUACUAGAAUCAGUGGAGCUGUCGCUAAAGAAGUCAAGAAAGAGUUUAGUAAAAUCGCAACUUUGGCACCAAAGGUCAUCUAA